AGAUACGUUUUGGGGAUUGACUCUAUUUUCUUCAAUGGUAAAUCUCAAAGUUCCCUGCCGCCCAAUUAUAGCUUACAGGCCCAUAAGACCAUCUGAUUUGGUGGUGCUUGAGAAGCUUCACAGCGAGCUGUUUCCCAUAAGGUAUGAAUCUGAGUUCUUCCACAAUGUGGUCAAUGGCCAUGAUAUUGUGUCCUGGGGAGCUGUUGAUCGAAGUCGGCCUAAUACACAGAGUGACGAACUUAUUGGAUUUAUUACUGCAAGAAUUGUUUCAGCAAAAGAAAGUGAGAUAGAAGAUCUUCUCAGCUUUGACUCAUCAAAAACAGAUCAAACGUUAGUCUACAUCUUAACACUGGGAGUUGUAGAAUCCCACAGAAAUCUGGGGAUAGCUAGUGCGUUAAUCCAUGAGGUUAUAAAGUAUGCCUCAAAUCUUUCAACCUGCCGUGCUGUUUAUCUACAUGUGAUCUCAUACAAUAAUUCCGCCAUGCUUUUGUACAAGAAAAUGUCCUUCCAGUGCGUACGGAGGCUGUACAAUUUCUAUUUUAUCAAUGGGCAGCAUUACGACUCAUACUUGUUCGUCUACUAUGUGAAUGGUGGUCGAUCUCCUUGCUCACCCCUAGAACUUGUAGCAUUAUUUGUUACUUUUGCAAAGAGUGGAUUUAAAUCUGUGGCUGCAAAGCUGUGGAAAAAUGAAGAAAGGAAGAUUUCCAAAUGGCCCAAAUGUAAAGAAUCGGGUUGCCUUCUACCUACAGUGCAGAACAAAAGAAUGAGUACGGGUGAGGUCUCUAGGUGUACGUUUGUCUGAGAACAGUGAAAGAUAAGGAGAGCGUGCAUCUAUACUCUCUAUACUAACCUUUACCAGUUUAACUUAGCGUGCCUUACAGAAAUAAUGUAAUAUCAUUGACAGUAUCGGCUAUAUUGGUGGUUGUUGGCAUGGACACAGUUUGUUUGUUGUAUACAAUGAGAGAGUUUUAUACUUGUUAAAUACUGAAAGCAAAGAAGAUAUAUGUUUCUUA